AAAAAGAAGUCAGAUAUUGAAGAUGGCAGAGAUUCAAAUGGUGAACAGCCAGUCAAUCCAGAAAUAAGAAACGAAGACAAUUGCAACUUACUGGAACAGAGGUCAGAUAGUGUAGACUAUAGAACAACAAAUGGUGAUCAAGCAAACACAACUCCGAUAGGAAUGGCUAAGACUAUUCUGACUCAAAAUUUUGUUACAAAGAAUCCAUUCGAUAGCCUAUCAGUCAGUGGAUUAGAGGACAGUAUUGUAGCAAAUG